GCUUAGCUGUCAAAAGGUUUUCCGCACAGAAACCAGAACCACGUUAUGUCGAGGAGACCCGCCGGACGGGAGGCGCUUGGUGUCCUGACAGACAAAUGUCAAGUUUCCAGAGAGAAAAUGACGCCGCCAAGGCUCUUUUCAGACGGCUCGAGUUCGCAGUCACUCCCAUCGUGUCCGGGGAGUACAGCCACCACCGGGACCGAGCGGCCAUGGCGUCCCGGGGCUCCUUCAACCAGUACCGGCUGGAGGUGGAGAUCGACCGUUACAGGGCCGAGUGCCAGUGGGACAAGAUGCCGGCCAUGAUCGACCAGCUGCUGGCCUCGCGGAUCCACGAGGACGAUGACUAUGGGACGCUGCUAUUGGCCGAGGCGCUGCUGGAGGAGUGUGUGCUGGAAAACAUGGACCCGUUGCGGAGCUGCACGCCUCUGAUGGACGUGGACCAGCCCAAACUGUCCCAGGCCAAGAGCCACCUCAACUCCAUCCUGAGCCGAGGCCGCCUGACACCGAGGUACGUGAACGAGGCUCUGCUGCUCAUGGCCAAGGUGCACUACGUCCAGGGCCGCUACCGGGACGCCCAGGGAAUGUGUGCCAGGGUGGGGAUCGACGAGCUGACCCGGGACGACCAGCCCGUCUACCACCUGCGCCUGCUGGCCGAGGCUUUCAUCAUCAAAGGUCUGUCUCUGGACCACCAGAUCGUCUCGGCGGUGUCUCGAGUUCGCCUGCUGGAGCGCGAGGAGGAGAGUCUGUCCUGCUACCUGCGGGCCUGCGACGCCGCGCUGUGCUACCUGCAGCAGCUGGACAAGAUGGUGAUGACGCCGCAAGCGAAGACGGCCAAGGCCAGUCUGCCUCCGCCGCCCAUCGAGCUCGAGCUGAGCUACUUCCAGCAGGCGGCGCUACAGAGCGCUUACCUCUGUCUGCUGCAGAGAGGUCAUCUGGCGCAGGGUGCCCACCAGUUGCGUAGGGUCCUUAGGGUGGUGGAGUCACGAGGAUCUCAGAGCUUCAGGAAGUCUGCAGCGAGGAAGUUGGCCGAGGUGCUGCUGAGCUCAGUGAGUGAGGACAGCUACUGGCCCCCGCUGGGCCCCCCACCCUCAGCUUGGCUCCACAGAGAGGGGGCCGCUGCCUCCAAAGAUGCCAUCUACCCCACCAUCAAACCCCCUCAGCGCUACUCCACUGACGGCUGCUUUUGCCCUCAGGACGUGGUGGAAGAGGCCGUUUUGCUGCUGCUCAUCACAGAGUCCAUGGCCAGCGGCGAGGCGGUGGUCAGCCGGUCGCCGGACCAGGCUGAGGCGCGCCAGGCCAGCCUGCAGGACGCCACCUCCGUCUACGACCUGCUCAGCAUCGGCAUGGCCAGGAGGGGGCAGUAUGCCAUGCUGUCUGAGUGUUUGGAGCGAGCCAUGAAGUUUUCAUUCAACGAGUUCCACCUCUGGCACCAGCUGGGCCUGUCACUCAUGGCGGCUGGGAAGGGUGUUGGCGCUGUGUCUGUAUUUAAAGAGUGUGCCAGGAUGAGACCAGAGGACCCUUCGCUGCCCCUGCUGGCUGCCAAAAUCUGCAUUGGGCAGCUGCACUGGCUGGAGGAGGCUGAGGCUCUGUCCCAGGGUGUGGUGUCCAUGGGGGAGGAGGCGGGAGAGUUUCUGCCCCGGGCCUACCUGGCUCUGGGGCUGUCUUGCAGUCUGCAGGCCUCCAAUGCCAAUCUGAAAGCCGAUCGGGACGAGUUCAACAAGAGGGCACUGCGAGCGCUGAACAAGGCCCAUUCAUUAGACCCCCAGGAUGCUCAGAUCGCCAUGUACCUGGCUCUCCAGCUGGCCCUCGUGCGCCAGAUCUCUGCGGCCAUGGAGCCGCUGCAGGCCGCUCUGACGCUGCGCGGCGACGACCUGCACUCGCUCCACCUGCUGGUCCUGCUGCUCAGCGCCCAGAAACACCACCGCCACGCGCUGGACACACUGCUGCUGGCACUCAGCCAGCACCCCGAAAACUUCAACCUGCUCUUCACCAAGGUGAAGCUGGAGGAGAGCCUGUUUGGCCCGGCGGCGGCUCUGCAGACCUGCGAGGACAUGCUGCAGCUCUGGCAGAACCGCUACGACCUCAGCCGCAGCAGCGAGACAGAUGACAGUAGCAGUAUACCCGCGGCUGACAGGCCAGAAACCAGCCCCGGAGGCAGGAAACCCUCCAUCCACCUCACCCUGCCCGACUUCCAGGACACUUCAACCGGUUCGCUGAGCGCUCCGUCGUUGGCGGCCUCCCGCCUGGAGGCGGCGUUGUCUGAGGUGUCGGCCGUCAGCUCCACCCACCGCCAGGGACCCACCUACAUCUGGACCACGCUGGAGCGCAUCUGGCUACAGGCCGGUGAGUUGUUCAUGGCGGACGGCCGGCUGAAGGAGGCUCAGUUCUGCGUGGCCGAGGCCGGCUCGCUCUUCCCGAGCUCUCACUCGGUGCUGCUGCAGCGGGGCCGGCUGGCCGAGCUCCGGGGCCAGCUGGACGACGCCAAGGGCCUGUACGACGAGGCGCUCGCCAUCCACCCGACGGGACAGCGCAUCCUGGUGCACAUGGGCCAGCUGCUGGUCCGGACCGGGCGGGUCCACCUCGGGGAGAAGGUCCUGCGGGACGCGGUCCAGGCCCACAGCACCUCCCACGAGGCGUGGAGCGGCCUGGGCGAGGCCCUGCAGUCCCGGGGCUCCAGCCAGGCCCCCGACUGCUUCCUGACCGCCCUGGAGCUGGAGGCCUCCUGCCCCAUCCGGCCCUUCACCAUCAUCACCCGGGAGCUGUGAGGGGCCCGGGGUGGGGGCUUGGUGGGGUUUGGUGGAGGUUCAGGAAGGGGGAAGUGGCCCAUUGUUGGACAAGUAUACACACUGUAUGCUGUGUAUUUAUAUAUACAGUCAAAAGUAGAGCCCUUCUCCCUGCAGUGAUCGUAGUAUAACAGAUGAUUUCACUUUCAGUACUGUUAAAUAAUAAUUCAAUGAUGAUUUCUGUAAUAACUGUAAUAAUGUUAUAAUUCCCAAUCAAAAAACUUUUUUUUUAAGUGGUGAGCCAUUCACUCUCACCCCCUCAGGAUAUCAGAUUGGAGCUGAAUUGCCUAAAAAUAUCUCCCACCCCCAUCCUCACAUUAAUUUUCCUCAUAAUUAUUCAGCAUCCACGCAUAGGAAGUGGCAGAGAAAUCAUUCUUUCUGCCGAUGGAAGUAUUUGCGAUACUUUGAUCAUAUUUAGGUGUGCAGCUUUGAGGAUCUAUACCGGAUACAUGAUGAUAUGUAAAUAAAAAAUUACUGCUCCCAGGGAGUUAUAAGUAAAUUAAUAAUAGGAGUUUUGAGAUGAGAAACGAAAAGUUUUAGUGACGCGUUCGCUGUGGAGCCCAUCGCUGGUCAACGGCAUUGGGCCAUUCUGUCCAAAAAUAAGCCGGUUUUUCCUUUCGCCUCUGUUUCAUUAUUGAUCUUGACUGGCGUCCCCGUUAAAUCAUGUUAAAAUAAUGACUCCAGCAAGGAGAAAAAAAAAAAAAAAAAAACGGGGCCAACUUAUCUCUUGGUUUCUGACAGCAGCACAUCCAUAAUACAUGAUGAUUAAGGGUUUAUAAAGUAGAACGCUGUGCCGGAGAUGUGCUGACUACAUCCCGGGAUGGAGCAUGUGUUGCAGUGUAUGUGCAAAUAUAUUCUGUGUGUGUGUGUGUGUGUGUGUGUGUGUGUGUGUGUGACAUAAAUUCCAAUGUUACGAAGACGCUGCCCUUCGCACCAGCAACCCCGCUCCAUCUUUGUUUUAACCUUUGAUGUAUUUUUGAUAAUGACUUUGAUCGAGUUUGCUUACACACAUGCACAUGCACACACACACACACACACACACUCCCUCCCUUCCCUUCCAUCAGCACCUGGGAUCUCCAACAUGCACCGGGGCGUUCAUGCUGUAUCAUCCUCUGUCAUUACCGUGUGUGUGUGUUUUUCUGUCCGCACAUGUAUCUCAUGUAUCUGCAUGCAUGCGUGUUUGUGUGUGUUUGUUUGUGAAAUGCUCCCUGUGGGGCGUUGUCAGUCCCCCGCUCUGUUUGUACAGUACAGCGGGUGACUCAUCCGUUCAUAAUGUGUGUUGUUUCCUUGACUCAUCUGUCCAUAACGCUGUCUUUUAUAAACAACAAUGGCUUGUAAAAAUCA